GCCAUUUUGUUAUUCCCAAGGUCGUUCCUGUAUUCAUUCGCAGUGUGUGCAGUGCGUGCCGUGCGACUUCAACCCCGCUGGCUCCAUCACAACGUCUAAUUGGACCGCGCGUUUGCAGCUAAGCGCAAUCAAUCCGGGCGUGUGGCACACGUCCAGCACCAAAGGGGAUUAUACGAUUGCGUCGCGGUUCUCUCCGUGCCCGUCGACGUGUUUGCAAGGCGGGCGAAGAUGUGCGACGCAUCGAUCCGCGAUCGCCCCUAGUCGCAGUGCUCGCUUUUUCGGCAAUUGCGGUGACAAGACGAAAGGUUACUAAUUAUCAAAAAAUGGAUAAUUCCGAUCAACCUAGUUCGAUAAUGCACGUCAACCAGCUGCAGAUGUAUCCGCUGCCCACAGGGGUCGCGGAUGAUGCUCAACCACCGCCGCCAUUUGCAUUGCUGCCCGGCGAAGGUGUCAUUCACUCCGGGCAUUCGGUGUACGGCGGGCUGGCGCUGACCAACUACCGUCUAUUUCUACAACUGUGCGACACACAGCAUCAUAUUCCCAUCGGGCUACUGGAGGCGGUCGAGCAACGUGAUCUAUUCUUCCUGCACGUGGGAUGCAAGGACGCACGUACGUAUCGGCUCACGUUUGACAACAACGAGACCUGUACGGAAUGGUUCGGCCGCCUGACGAAAGCGGCGGCGCCACCGGCGCAUCUCGAGGAACUCUUCGCGUUCUAUUACUUCGUGUGGAGUAAACAGGAGCGUCCGCAGGGUGAGAUACAAUUGCGUGUUGAGGCGCAACGUGCGACCGCGUAUGAUGAGCGCACGUUUCAAGCCGAAGUGGAUCGGCUUAAGUUUAAUCUGCAUGGUACGUGGCGCAUCAGCGGCGCGAAUCGCAACUAUAAAUUGUGCGCUAGCUAUCCGCCGCAGUUGUUAGUCCCGGCGUACAUUUCCGAUGAAGUAUUGGAAACGGUGGCGAAGUUUCGAAGCUCCCGGCGUAUACCUGCUGUGGUCUGGCGGCAUGUGGGUAAUGGCGCGGUGAUUGCCCGGUGUAGUCAGCCGGAAGUCGGGUGGUUGGGAUGGCGGUCGUCGGAGGAUGAGGAUUUGAUCAAGGCGAUUUCCGAGGCGUGCACGCAGGAUAGAGGGCCGCAUGCGUUGUAUGUUUCGCAUUCGCCGCCGUCGGUUUCGUCGAAUAACGAUGAGUCGACGCAUAUUAAGAGCACGGAGUGUGCGGAUGAUGUCGAAAAGAAGAAAGUUUUAAUCAUGGACGCGCGGUCUUAUACGACUGCUGUGGCGAAUCGAGCGCGUGGUGGUGGAUGUGAAUGUCCGGAAUAUUACCCACGCUGUGAGAUACAGUUCAUGAACCUGGCGAAUAUCCAUUCCAUCCGGAAGAGUUUCCAUGCGCUUAGACAACUCUGCACGUCGUCUGCCGAUCAACCCAACUGGUUUGGUUUGCUGGAAGGCACACGUUGGUUGCAACACAUGUCCGGGUUGAUGAAGUCCGCCGUGGUGUUGGUGACGGCGAUCGAACGCGACGCCCGCCCGGUAUUGGUCCAUUGCUCGGAUGGCUGGGACCGCACGCCGCAAAUUGUCGCGCUGGCCGAACUGCUACUUGAUCCCUACUAUCGUACAGUCGAUGGUUUUCGUAUACUGAUUGAACGCGAAUGGCUCGCGUUCGGACACAAGUUCGCUGAUCGCUGCGGGCAUACCACCGGCAGCGAGGACCCAAACGAACGCUGUCCGGUCUUCCUGCAGUGGCUGGACUGCGUACACCAGCUGCUCACGCAGUUUCCGUGCGCGUUCGAGUUUUCACACACGUACCUGGUUAAAUUAGCCCAACACACAUACUCCAACCUCUACGGUACAUUUUUAUGCAACACAAAGCAGGAGCGCGAGAGUUUCUACGAGACCACGUUCUCGGUAUGGCAGUUCCUAGAGCGUCCGACGUUCCGCAACCAUUUGUACACCACUCCCGCACCGGGGGCGCGCGUACUCUGGCCGCAGUGCAAUGUGAGAGACCUGCGGCACUGGACGGAGAUCUACCUCGGCUCGCUGGAGACGCAAGCGGGCGGCUCGAACACCGCUGAAGUCCCAACUGCGAACGGCGGUGUCGCCUCCGGUACCUCAUCGUGCCCGUCAUCCAUGGGGGGCGCAAGCGCGACGGACGCCAGCAACAGCGCGCAACAGCAACACAUGACGAAGACGCGCUCCUAUGGCGAUCUACCACAUGCUUCUGACCCGCCCGGCACACACGUGCGCCGGUGUAGCGAUCCGAAUAUUAUUGUUGAUUCCAUAAAAAUUGCCAGUUUGAGUUUGAAUGGUACGCAGGAGGUGGGCGGCGUGUCUGACGGCAUGAUGCGUUCGGCCACGCCUACAAACUUCGACGACAGCGAUUGUAAGAGCGACUGCAUUUACAAGAACGACGUGAAUGGCGGUAGUAAGGACUUUGAGGAUGACGAUGUGGACGAUGCGACGACGACUGCAGCCGCAGUAACUGCAGUGUCAGUCGCUGGUAAUGUGAUAUUGAACGCGAAGACUGACGAAGACUGCGAAUGCGACGCGCCGACGCUGUGCGCCCGGUGUGCCUCCCGGCCGGAUAUGCUCUUCAGCGUGAAUCUAUCCACGCCUGAGGAUGCGCUCACCCCCGACACGACGGACUCGCCACGUGGGGUACAGCUCAACGGUUUGGUAGGGGUAGGAGACGAUUCGGAUACGGAGGAGUGCACGCGCUCCGAUAGUCGCUCGGAGAACGUGACGGUUUUUACGAAUUUAAUCUCCACGCGGCUUGUGGAUGACAAGUCGGUGGAGACGAGCACCGAAACACUUGUUUCGGAGAAUGUCUGUAGCUCGUCGUCGAAGGAAUUCAACGGCUUUGAGAAGCUAACGCCUGUGCAGAACGAACCAGCGCCGCGGAUUCAUACGAGUUUCAAGGAGAAGGAACGCGAGAAGCAUAAAAACAAUGGCGGCGACCAGCAGCAGCAGGAUGUUUGUCGUGCGUGUGCGCAGAAGUGGGUGGCAGCCAAUGGGCAUGCGCAUCUUAGACAUAGUCAUACACCCGGCGGUGGGAAUGAGGAAGUAUCAGCGGCGAGUGGACGCGGCUCGAAUUACUCGACGCCGCCGCAGUAUUCGCGCACGCCGAGCGCCAAUGGAUGGGACAGUACGUUUCUUUAUUGUAAUAAUAGCCCGCCGAAGCAUCAGUGCGCAGCGCCACUCGAUGACGACGGGCUGGUUCCUCUCAAGUCUGAUGUGCAGGAAAGACUUUGGCAUAUUAUCGAUGAACAUAGAAGAAAAGUUGAAGCUCUGCAGAGAGAAUUACACACCUAUCGGAAAGCGCUGAUCAAACAGGUGUGCCACAAGUGCAAUCACAACGAGAACGACCGAAACGAUGAGACGUCACGGUCUGGAUCAGGAUCUUCUUGCGCGUCGUCGCCGAGGUCGAGGUCGAAGCGGAAUUCGGUCGUUGAGUCGGUGUGCAGCGCCGGAGAGGGACAGGCGUCUGCAGUGGAGUCCUUGCGUAGUGAUAUGUCCUGGGAGGCUGUGGAUGAGAACGGCCCGCUUGUGGAUGGCGCCGUCCCGCCGCAUACGACCCUCUGGGUGCCUGAUCACGCCGUCACAAGCUGCACUGGAUGUAAUACUGUUUUCUGGUUGGGCAGGAGGAAACACCACUGCAGGAAUUGUGGUAAUAUAUUCUGCGCAGACUGUUCGGAAAACAGCACGCCGCUGCCCUCGGAGCACCUCUACGACCCAGUCCGCGUGUGCACCUCGUGCUUCUCGAAGCUGAGUCGCCACGCCUUCAAUUCGGCGGCGAGCACACCCGAAGAAGAAGUGCAGGACGCGCUGCUGGUGGCCGCCAUGCCUCUGGCGAAUGCACAGCAUCGCGUGCACCACCACCAUCACCCACAUCUGCACCAUGCGCCGCCGCCGCCCCAUGAGCAGUGCAAGACGCACGCCGACCGGUCGGCCGCUACCACGACCAACCCGCGCCAGAUCACCGCGUCCAGUAAUUAAAACCACACACACCCGAUCACCCACACGCAACACUUACACUUUUAAUAAAGAAAAAACUUGUUGGGGGGUUAAAGAGCUGAGAGAAUGAAAGAAAGAAGGAAAGAGGCAGAGAGAGAGUAUAAGACAGACGAGAUGGAGAUAAAUUCCAGAUAGUUUUGACAGCCACACACAAAUUUGCUAGUUUGAUAGUUUUUCUAGUCAUUCAUAACUCAAACAAAACUAGAAACUUACAAAACGAUGUUUUUAAUCAGUGUGAGAGCGAGGGCCGGGCAUGCAGAGCGUCUCUUUACCCCUGCGUUUGUUUUUAUCUUGUUUCGUUAAUUUAAUUUACUGUGAUCAUUCUUGUAUAUGUUUAAAUUACGCGCUCAGCGCGCGCGAGAGAAAGGUUGAAAUUUGCUGAUUCUUCCACGACUACCCCAAGCCGUAACUCUAAUACAAACUGAGCUCAUUACUUGCACUCGUGAUGGCAGUGCGCUCGAUCAGGGUCUAUAUUAGUCUACAACCUACGUAAAUUCGACACGUUGUAGUUUAGGAAAUCUAUUAGCUUGUUAUGUUUGAGGUGCGCAACAACCGCAAUUUUUGGUGAUUUAAAUUUAAAAACGGAGAAAAUCUCGAGAAAAAAAAUGAUACAACCACUAUAGUUAUUUAAUUGUAAUUGAAUGAUUGAAGUUUUGGGCAAAUUCGCGCAUUGGUUGGUGUUAUAGUUUAACAAAAUUGCACACACACACACCUACACUCACGGAACGUGAAUCUCGGAACGUAAUUUAUUAUUAUUAUGAGCAUUAUUUAUAUGAGUCGGGAUACACACACAUUAUACAAUACCACACACGUGCGACGUGCUUCUUUUUAUACGGACGCGCAGCGGCGGACAUCGACUACGAGGAAAACCAGGCGACAAAGUAAAUUAAUGAAUAACAACAGUAUCUUAAGUAAGAGAUAACUAAAUACAAACAACAGAUUAUAAAUAAUAUGUAAAUGGAUUAUUUCUAUUGUAAAUGUAAUUAAUAUAAUAUAUAUUAUUGUACGAA